AUGGAGAUGAAGCUCACGACCAGUCUUGCUAUCAUCACCGCACUACUCGUGCAUCACCUCUCGCUCACGGUCGCCGCCAUUGCCGACCACACAACAGUACUGCCCAACGCUAGCUCGGCCGGUUUUAGCUUCCGGCUGGUCGCCAACCACAGUAGUAUCCGUCGCGGCGGUGACGGCUUCCUGCAUUUGCAGCACAGCCUCCGCGCCGACCUGCCGCCACACCCACCAUCGGUGGCGAACGUCACCACCCUACGCCCAGAGAUUUACACCACGGUACUGCCACACGCCGUGGUCGUUGAUGUCGGCACUGGCAACAGGCGACACGAGUACAUCCUCAGGGUCGACGCCUCGAGCAGCCUGACAUGGCUGCAGUGCAAGCCGUGCGAGCCACAUGCCCCGCAGCAUAACCCUAUUUUCGACCCAGCUGCCUCGCCGACCUUCCACCACGUCGCUGGCACGAGCCAGAUCUGCCAACCGCCUUACCAGCCCGUGCUUUCUGGGACUCUGUGCUCUUUCCACCUCACCGGCCCGAGAGGCAUGUCGGUCAGGGGCUACCUCUCCAACGAUCAGUUCACCAAGGGGCAAGAGGUACAUCGAGACUUCCUCUUCGGCUGCUCCCACUCGACCGAGCAUUUCCAGAGCGAGGGCGUCUAUGCUGGCGUCGCUUCCGUCGGCAGGACGCCGACAUCGCUCGCAAUGCAGGCCGCGGCUCGCGGGCUGACGCAGUUCUCGUACUGCCUCUUCGGGGGCAGCAGCAAAACGAAGCGCCAGGGCUUCCUCCGUUUUGGCACCGACGUCCCGCGCAAUCCGCGCUAUAGGACCACCAGGAUCCUGCCGGCGCUCGACGCCCACGAGUCCAUGUACUACGUUAGCCUCGUCGGCAUCAGCCUGGGCUCGCGCAGACUCGACAGGAUUCGCCCGGAGACGUUCGCCCGCCGCAAGGACGGCCAAGGCGGGUGCGUGAUCGACCUCGGCACGCCGCUCACAGUGAUGGUCCAGGAGGCGUACCGCGUCGUCGAGGAGGCCGUGUGGUCGGACCUUCAGCGUCAGCGAGCGGAGCGAGUGAAGCGGCCGGGCUACGGCCUCUGCGUCCGAGCGACCAAGGCGAUAAAGGGGCGUCUCCAGUCGUUGUCGCUUCACUUCCCCGAGGAGAAUGCGGUGCUGGUAUUCUCGCCGGAGCAACUGUUCUUGAUGAUGAAUGACAAACAGGGGCAGAUCGCCUGCCUCGCCAUGAUGCCGGGACGCCGAACCGUCAUCGGCGCAUUGCAGCAGGUGGAUACGCGGUUCGUCUACGACCUUAAGAACUCCAAGCUUUCCUUCGCAUCGGAGUCGUGCAGCCGGGACACCAUCGAAGCCGAAGUCGUUUAA